GUCGGAACCACCUUGCGUGAUCAUUAGCUGAAUAACAGAAAACCAGCCUCUGCGAAACUGAACCACCACACGCCGAAAAGAUGGCUGUUUGGCGAUUGUAUCACACAUCUCGAGUUGCUCGCCCGAGAAGCUCUGCGGGCUCAACUUUAGCCGUCGGACACUCCCGAACCGGCAACGCUCAACAACGAACUGCUCCGCGCUCAGGGGAAUCGCUUGGAAAGAUGAAUAAUCGGCGGAACGGCGGGUUCCGCUCUCUUCACCCCACCAAGGUUAUAUCAUGCGUCGCGAUACCCCGAUGAGAUAAAUACGUCUCUUCACCCUCACUAUCCCGCAUCACAAUGGUUCUCAAACUCCACGGCUCUCCUGUGUCAACAUGCACCAAGCGUGUGGCCAUGGUGCUCCACGAGAAGAACGUGCCGUUCGAAUUCCAUCCCGUCGACCUCGCCAAGGGGGAACAAAAGGCUCCUGAAUUCAUCUCGCGUCAGCCGUUCGGCCAGGUUCCCUACAUAGACGAUGACGGCUUUAUCCUUUACGAAAGCCGCGCGAUUUCGGAGUACAUCGCUACAAAAUAUGCCGACCAAGGCACACCACUGGUCCCAAAGGACAUCAAGGAUUACGCUCUCUUCCGGCAAGGUGCUUCAAUUGAAACAUCCCACUUCGAUCCUCAUGCUUCGAAACUCGCAUACGAAAGAUUCAUUAAACCUAUUUACGGCUUGCAAACCAGCGAGGAAGCCGCGAAGCAAGCUGAAGACCUUCUUAAUGCAAAAUUAGAUGUAUACGAACAAAUCCUCAGCAAACAGAAAUACAUUAGCGGAAACGCCCUCACGCUUGCCGACUUAUUCCACCUGCCAUAUGGUGCGUUGCUCGCUCUUUGUAAAUGCGACGCCAUUGAGAAAAGACCUGCGGUUGCCAAAUGGUUCAAUGAGCUCGUUUCUCGUCCAUCUUGGCAAGCUGUUCAGGGAGGUGUAAAGGGAACAGCUUGACUCUGCCCGGUGUCAAUAGUCUUCCAACCAAAGAUGUAAACGUUCGGCCGCAAUUAGGUCCCGGGUUAUCACGCCAUCACUGUCGGGGAUUUUCUACUCCAAUAUCCCUUAAUAGAUAUCUGUGGUUAUAACAGAAGAGUUAAUAUGACAAUCCAAAUAAAUCUGC